CCUUCUUCAAUCUGAUAAAUCUGCAGUAUAGCACAAUCUCAGAGUUUUGCACUGGGGACACAUGUCAAGCCAUGACGGCCUGCAACACCAUAUACUACUGGUAUGACGAGAGGGGGAAGAAGACGAAGUGCACAGCACCUCAGUAUGUUGACCUUGUCAUGACUUUCGUGCAGAAAUUAGUGACGGACGAAGAUAUCUUCCCCACAAAAUACGGCAAAGACUUUCCCAACUCGUUCGAGUCUCUGGUGAAGAAGGUCUGCCGGUAUCUGUUUCACGUGCUGGCUCACAUCUACUGGGCUCACUUUAAAGAGACCGUGGCUCUGGAGCUGCAGGGACACUUGAACACACUGUACACACAUUUCAUCGUCUUCGUCAGAGAAUUCAAUCUGGUCGAGCCCAAGGAGACCUGCAUCAUGGACGACCUGUCGGAGGUGCUGUGCGCCCCCCUGCUGCCCCAUACACACAAUCAUGUGACCGAGAGAUGAGCCUCGAACUCGAGGAAGACGACGAAACGUGCGAGGCCUCUUUGGAAGGGCCCCUGCGUCACUAUUUCUCACCGUGAGAACUGUUCAAAAGAUGGGGCCGAAGGCCGGUGGUCUGCAGUUCUCAUACCAGCACAGAUUGGUGUGAAUGUUUCCUACAGGAAAAAACAAUCUGUCUACAUUCUCAUUUAUACAGGAACAAUUUAUAUUUUAAUUUGCAUUUUUAUUAUUACUUUUGCGCAUUGCGCUCGCGGAGGUUUUCGUUUUCUUUUAGGGAAUGGUGUUUCAGCUCGGCUCUCAUCAGUGCCUUAGAUUUGUAGCUACGGUAUUGUCUGUUUAUAUGCAACAAUGUCUAGAAAGUUAUCAUUGACCUCUGGUUCCCCCUUGUGGAGGGAGUGACGUCACACACACACCGACUGACUGUUUAUGAUCUCUGCAGCCUUAUUUCACAUAAAACUGUGCAAAAUCUCUCUUUUUCAUAUUCUAGCCAUCAUUAUCCAUUUCUUUAUGUUCUUUAAAUCAUUUACGAUGGUUCUAUAUGUACUUAUUAGCCUUUUAAGAUGAUGUAUAGAGGGUUUGAUGGUUUGAAUGAUGCUUUAGAGAAAGUCUGGACUUGCUUUGUAGGUUUCCAAUAAGGAUAUCGGCGAUGUCUGCUCGCUCAGAGAGACGCUGCAUUGUUGCAUGGCAGUUGACUUUGACUGUGUUGCAUUGAUGAGCACAUCCUCAGCGUCGCAACUUUUAAUUUUUAAUUCACGUUUUUAUUCUUAAGUUAUCAGAGGUCAUGGAUAUUGUGGCGGCCCACGUGUGUAGAAAAUGCACGUUAAUUUUCUGUUUCUCAAGAAAUAGACUGUAACUAUAUAAGAAAUCACAAUAAUUGCCUUUAGCGAGAGAGCAUCUCUCCUCCUUAUUUAUGUUUACUUUUUUAUCUAUUUGCAGAGCUACUCAGUUCUUGCUUUCUUUUUAUGUAUUUUAAUUAUCUUAAGUUAAAAGCCACUUAAUAUUUUAAGCUCUGCGAAAUAUAAUCAGAU